AAACCUCCCUUUAGUUGGAGUUUGAUGGCCCAUUAAAGAGUGGUCGGACCCAUUUGGACCUGCAGAAGUUGGGCUCCUCACAAAAACCAGUCCAAACUUUACUGAUUUCAUCUGCUCAGAUGUGGAACUUCAGAGGGGUUUGUUCUGGGCCGGAUUUGCAGACCCCUGAGGACCGGACCAUCUGUCUGUCUCGGAGCAGAGCCAGGACUGUGCUCGGUUCGGCUCUGAACGGGAUGCAUCAUGUGAAGUGAGUGGACUCGGUUCUGUGUCCUUCCUCAGCAGCGCCGUGUGAUCCGGGUGUUUCCUGUUCGGAUCCUCUCGAUGACACUACGUGGGCGGUGCGUCGUGGAUCUGCGCCACCGCUGCUCCACCAUGCAGGAGUCCGGACCGGGAUGCGGAGCCGCAGGGACGUGACAGACCGUGUGGUUCCGAGGACCCUGCCAGUAGCAGGACUUCAGGUCCGGUCCGAACGGGCGUGAUGAUGCUGCGCGUCUGCCCCAAUAGGAUGGUUCUGUAGCGACAGAGCGAACAGCUUUCUCUCGAACCUGAUCAGAACUGGACCAGAACCCGAUCGAGCAGCUGAUCUGCUGUGGAUGUUAAACAGAACCAUUUGGAGACAGGAGCUGGUCCCUCUGGCUGCGCGUAUUUGGCACAGAACCGUUUCCAGUUUGUGGUUCUGAACCCAAAAGCGGACAGAUCCGUCUAAUUGGAACCUGAAGACAUUUCAUUAGCUGGAGAGGAUGGAGUGACCCGGUCCGGAGAUGCGUCUCAGCUGGGUUUAUCUGCUCCAGGUGUGUGUGGUGGUUCUGCCGAUGGCCUCUGUAGCCGAUCUGACCUGUGAGGCUCUGCUCAUGCUGGCGGGAAACGUCUCAAUACAAUCCCUGGUGGCCUCCUGGAACCAAACCCUGAGCAACGCCACGAGCCAGUGGAGCGGUUCAGGGGUCUUCUGCGAAACCUCCAUUGAUGGUAUCGGUACGUGUUGGCCCAAGAGUGGCGCCGGCCAGCUGGUGUCACGACCUUGUCCCGAGAUGUUUUAUGGUGUCAAAUACAACACCACAAAUAAUGUUUAUAGAAAAUGCCUUGCUAAUGGGACGUGGGCACAGAAGGGGAACUACUCCAUGUGUAAAGCGAUACUUAACGAGGAGAAAAAAGGCAAGAUGCACUACCAGAUCGCCGUCAUCAUCAACUUCCUGGGCCACUGCAUCUCCAUGGUGGCUCUGCUUGUAGCCUUCUUCCUCUUCCUGUGCUUGAGGAGCAUCCGAUGCCUCCGGAACAUUAUCCACUGGAACCUGAUCACCGCCUUCAUCCUGAGGAAUGCCACCUGGUUCAUCGUUCAGCUGACCAUGAGUCCAGAGGUCCAUGAGAGUAAUGUGAUUUGGUGUCGUCUCGUCACGGCGUCCUUCAACUAUUUUCACUCCACCAACUUCUUCUGGAUGUUUGGGGAAGGCUGUUACCUCCACACUGCCAUUGUUCUCACAUAUUCCACUGACAAACUUCGAAAGUGGAUGUUCAUCUGCAUCGGAUGGUGUAUCCCCUUCCCGAUCAUCGUGGCGUGGGCCAUCGGAAAGCUGUACUACGACAACGAGAAGUGCUGGUUUGGGAAGCAACCCGGAGUUUACACUGACUACAUCUACCAGGGUCCCAUGAUCCUGGUAUUGGUGAUCAACUUCAUUUUCCUCUUCAACAUUGUGAGAAUCCUGAUGACCAAACUACGAGCUUCUACGACCUCUGAGACCAUCCAGUACAGGAAAGCUGUGAAGGCCACGCUGGUUCUCCUUCCCCUCCUGGGGAUCACCUACAUGCUGUUUUUUGUUAACCCAGGCGAGGAUGAGAUCUCUCAAAUCGUCUUCAUAUAUUUCAACUCGUUUCUGGAGUCGUUCCAGGGCUUCUUCGUGUCAGUAUUUUACUGCUUCCUAAACAGUGAGGUCCGUUCAGCUGUGAGGAAGCGGUUCCAUCGAUGGCAGGAGCAGCACUCCAUCCGUGCCAGGAUGACCCAGGCCAUGUCCAUCCCAACAUCCCCUUCACGGGUCAGUUUCCACAGCAUCAAGCAGUCGACUUCACUAUGAAGAAGGAAACCAGCGUGUGUGCUUUGAGAGGAACCUCCAGCUGUCCUCGCUGCAGUUAGACUAGAACACUUCCUGAGCCCCUGCACCAGCCUCCUAGACCUCGGGGGGUACUAGACUUAAACCUUCUGGAGAGAACUGGGACAGGGGAGAGGAACUCUGGAAGGUUAGUUAGUGCAUCAAAAGCUGACCGUGCUAUCUGUGUGACCUGGAUCUGAAUGUGCAGCGCUGCUUCGCUUUGCUGAGCAGCCAUGAAAAGUGUCUGUUCCGUUCCUUUGUGCACUUUUAUUUUUGCUACGAUCAUCAGAGUAAAGUCGUGCCUCUGGACCGAAGCUGACUGGAAACGUCCCAGCGGAAUCCCGUUCCCGAGGCCCAGAGGAAGUGAGGAAAGCUGUCAAACAUUCAGAUUUUUGUUUUACAUUUGGUUUUGUUCUUCCGGUCCUUGUGUUUGUCAUUAGGGUGUCGUGCUGUCAUCGACCGGUCUUUCAUCCACUUUCCAGGAUCACAUUCCAGGUUUCUGUCUGAAGAGUUUUGUUCCACAAGAACACGUGUGCACCAUGUGUUGUUAAAGAGGGUUUAAUAAAGUCACGGAUACAGCUAUAGUGCCGUUUGGAAUAGUGAGCUCUAACCUUCGAACCACUUUUGGAGUGAUUCAAACGGGAAAGUCCAAACCACCUCUCUGGCCUUGCCUUGCAACAACAUUCUUGUUCAAAUGCUUUGGUGGGUUGAAGGAAUGAGCAGAAAUGGAGCUGCAGCCUCUGGUGGUCGAUGCUGUUCUACGAAACGCUGGAUUGGGUCGUUACAGGGAAAGACACUCGCCUAAUAAUGCAAACAAAACCACUUAAACUUUAAAGAUUCAUACCCCUGAUUAGCUUUUCACCCUGUAGGCUUUCUAAGUGAUGUUAAUCUCUUCCUGGCUCUUUAUCCAGACCAGCUGUGUCCAAGCAGCUCCUGCCCUUUAUUGGUUGCCAAGUUUCCAUUGAUUCUUGUGCACAGAUUUGAGCCAUUUCUGCACGAUGUGACCAAAACCUGCAUUAGACCCAGACUGAGUUAAUUUUUAGCUCCCGGCUGAUUUGACUUUAGACCAAAUUGGAAUUAUUCCUUCUUGUUUUCUGAAUGUGGCUGUUUUAAAGUUCAGGUAGAACAAUGAGGCAUAUUUCUACAGACUGUUGGGUUUGAUUUAGUCAACUGUAAACUUUAAGAAUGAAAGGUUCUGUAAUUUUCAUUAAUGACAUUUUUUGUUGCAGCAACAUAAAUUGUCAUCACAUCAAUGUCAUUCUUUAGACACAUCUGAUAAACAUAACAAUUUAAAAUAGCUGUAGAAUCAAAUUAAAUAUUUAAAGGUUUGUAGAUAAUAUGUAAAUGAUAAAUGUCACUAGCCUUUUUUUAAAUAACACAGCCAAUUUCUUUAUUUUUGAUUAAUUUAGAGAUUAAAUUAGGAGAUGAUUGUUCAUCCUGCCCUCUUGGUGAGCCUGAUUACAUCACUGGAGUUGACCAAUGAGAGGAGGGGGUUACUGUGAGGGGGUGGGGCUAACAAAACUAUCAGCUGUUUGACAGGGAGGAGUUGGAUAUUUUGGGAUUUUCAAGUGAAAGAACUAAGACAUCUGAUGAAACAGAAAUAUAAUGUAGAAACAUUUAACUACUGAUUUUAACUUCAUAGAUCCAUCUUUUAUUAAAAAAGAUGCUGUAAAUAUUAGAGAGAGUAUCUGACUAUUUAUACACAUAGAGCUAGAUGGUAAUGAGAGCAGUUUCAGCCCUAGACAAGCUCUGACCUCCAUACUGAAACAAGGCGUUUUGCUGCCAGACUUGUCUUUGUGUCCAUCAGCUUCUCGCUUGUGUUUGUCUUCUGUUUGCUGUUGCAGCGUUUUGUUGAUAGGAGCAGAAAAACUGAACCAAAACUUUGAAUGCACCAGCCAGAAAACCAAAGCAACGAGCUGAAAGCUGCUGAUCUCAGGUGAACUGACUCCAUUUUCACCCCACUUUAAAUAAAACUUGGGAGUUUGUAGAGUUUAGUGUUGAUAUUAAUUUAAAAAUAAACAGUUUGAAAAGCUUGUGGAUAUGGAAACAUAUUGCUGUUACAGCAAGAAAAUUAAUAAUGAAGCACCAUCUCAUUUCAUCAGGUUUUUUAUUAUAACAAUAAACUUUCUUGUUUUAGACACUGAGCUACUGGUUCUUUAUUUAUUUCCUUGCUCUGACCGCAUUGUGCUUCCAUGUGUGGAUUGUCUCCCUGAUGUGUGAAAGUUAGUGUCCAAAGUGUUUUUGGAACAAAACUCCUCAGCUGAGCGGAGAUGUAACGUAGCUGCAGAGGGAGAUGCCCGUCCUUGAAACUUUCCACCCACUUUAACUGUGAUGAGCAGUAACUCAGUUUACUGGUUACCUGUAAAUAUAUAAAUAUCAGAUCUGUGGGGAUAAAAUCCAGGUGAGUUGUCACAACUAAAUCAAAUAAAGCAAACCACUCAAUGUAAAACAUCUUGGACGUAUGUGGUCAUGGGAGUCCACAUUCCUGCUCCAGCAGCUCACUAGCACCACAUUCUGAUGAACCUGCCAUUUUACCGUCUAAUUGUAAACAAAACUCAUCGUUCUGUCAUUAUUAUUAUUUAAUUCCCUUUCAAGUGGUAGUGAGCUAUGGUUGUAAAAUAUGCCCAGAUAGUUAUAACUGACGCCACCAAUGAAGUUUGUUGUUCUCAUUUUGAUUAUCUGUUGUAGUGGAGCAGCUGUUCUCAACUUCAUCCAGUUUUGGGGGGUAAAAUAAAAAUUCUAAAUGUUCUCUAAGGAGCAUGUAUUUGUGCACUAUUGUAAAGAAUGUAAUGGUGAAAGAAAGGAAGCUGGAGGGGGGCGGGUCAAGUCUUUAGAAGUGAAUUUCUGUGGAACCUUUAUAAAAAUGUAAUAUCUAAUCUGCUUGGUGAACAGCCUCCACUCAGAGAAACAAAGAUUAGUUCUGACUGGAUUGACAAGCUAACAGCUAGACACAAUAGAGCCAGUUACAAAAAAGAUGUCUGCCUUUUUUUUAAGCUAUAGUUUCCAAAAUGUCUGACAAAUGAGAUGAAACCGAUGAAAAAAGUCCCACACUGAAUCAGGAGUGAUACAGCUAGCUGGCUGCACCGCUCAUUUUUGCUGAUAAUAACAUCAAAAAUAAAUAUUAAUAUAAAAAUUCAAGAUUUACUGCAACAUAAACAUUCAUAAAGCAAUGUUAGUAUAAAUCACUGAAACAUCAGAUUCACACGUUGGUCUUAACUGUUAGCUCAGAGUAACUGUUAGCUUAGACUAGCUGUUAGCUAGCUUUUAACUCAAACAAGCUGGGAGAUCAGAGUAGCUGUGAGCUCAGACUAGCUGUUAGCUUGUUCAAAGUAACAUUUAAAUCUGCAAACUGCACAGAGCAGAUCAGAUAUAUAUUUUUCACAACAUUAAACAGCAAUCUGCUUCUAAAGGUCUGGCCUGUCUUGUUGUUUUUUUGUUGUUUAAUCCAGGAGUUUAUUGUGAGCAGGAAUCAGCAGCACUCUGCUGUCAUUCCUUCAUCUGGUCUCUAAAAGAGAAACGUUCCUCAGCUCUUUCAUGGUUAUGUGGUACCUAUGGUGAUACACCUGAGUCCCAAUGACAGUUGUGUCAUUAUAUAUUGUUAUUUAUUUUAAAUAUUGUUAUUUUCAUACUUGAAAAGAUGACAAAAAAUAAUAAACUGUGGUGGAUUUGACUGACUGAAAAAAUGUAAGAGAUGUUUAUUUCCAGCACACGAGACGGUUCGAUGCCAGGCUCAGUUCACACUCCCGUUUUGUCUCCAUCGUCUCUUGAGACCAAAACAAACUGGAAGAACAUUUUGAGUGUUGUGAUUCUCUUAGCUUUCUGUGUUUUUGUCCCUGAGCUUUCGAAAAAGAUCUUUCUGCUCAAGUGAACAUUCACCAUUUUCUCCCAGAACCAGGAACAAGAGAGUGGUCCCUAAGCUGCUUUUACUCUGCUCUGCACAACAACACAAACAGGAAAAAAAAAAAAACACUGCUAGUUGCAAAAAUGGACUGUGACAGUUUUCAUGAGAAAUUUUCUGAAGGUUUUAAAGCUUGUGGCACUCUGUAAUGCUUAAUUUGAUGUGAACACUUAGAACAACAGGGUUAGUCAUCGCUGGCGGAACAGCUUCAGGGGAAAAGGUUCCUGUCUCAUUCCACAUUCUUGUUUACAAUCGGGAAUUCCUGCUUCGGGAACUCAUCUUUACAGCCGAAGUGGGAAUGGGAAUGAUUCAGUUUGUGCUCUCAUCAGUGGGUUUGAUGAUUACAUAAUGCAUGUUUACACCAAACAGCAAAGGGUCAUUAUCACCACAGCAAGAAGGGAGCACUCUACUCUUUUCAUGCUUUACACAUACACUGUAAACAAAUAGUUUGAUUGUUCUAAAACCGGCUGCAGGAAUUAGGUGUAACUGAUCAGAAACACACAAACCAGUUCCACUCUCAAACAUUCCCCAGUAAAACAGGAAAUCCCGCAAAAACUCUCAAGAUCAAAUGUGACAUUGAAAUAAACAAACAUGUAGGGAGAGGAAGAAGACUCCAUAUGCUGGUGAAGGUUCUCAGUCAUUCCGGUCAUGGUAAUCCAAAGGGUUCAAAUUAAGGUGUUGUGGUGUGAAAUAUUCAUUUGAGAUUUAAAUUAAGAGCAAAGUUUAUUUAUUAAACAUAAGAUUCAGUAAGAUUCUUUUCAUUCGAUAAACUGGAAAUGCAACCCUUUUCUGUGUUUCGUUUCAAUAAUGGGGCAAGUUUAAAAAUGAAGAAAUUUAUUUACUAACAAUUUUAAACUGAAAAUUUGAAGGGACAAUUAUAAAAAAAUGACAAUUCAUGGAUGGCAGUUUUAAUGACAAUCCUUAACAGCUGUGAUAUUACUUGUUUAAAAGCAAACCUGUGUUGGAUGGAGCUAAAAUUGAGAAUGAUGAGUUUUGAAUGUGUGAAUGCAAUUCUCAGAAGGUUUCUGUCACGGUCUGCCCCUGCCUCCCUGACUGUGGCCUAGUCCACAUGUAGCUGGGUUUUUUUUUAAACGAAUAUCCGCCCCUCCAAAAACUUGCAUCCGCACCACCUCGUUUUAAAAAAACUCUGUCCACACGUACCCGGAUAAAUACGUUGUUAAGGACAUGCCAGACCUGUAGGCGGCAGUACUUCCCCCGUUCUUAACCUCGUCCUUCGUCUGUGGUCUUCCGCAAGGAGCAGUAAUUCCGCUUGCAAAAACAAACAAGCAAAAAGCGCUUGGACAAUUGAUAAAGCGAGCGCAGCUCUGAGGGCAUCCAUGCUGUCGGCUAGUGUAAACACAGGUCGCACACGUGAUGUCAGCAUUUUGUUGUCGUGGAAAGUGACGUUGCAGACCUUAAAACUCCGGUUUUGUCUGUCCACACGCAGACACCCAAAACGGAGAAAACGCAGAUCUUCACUUUGGCCGGAGUUUUUAAAAAGAUCUGUUCUCGUGUGAAAAAAACUCCGUUUUCGUGUGGAUGACAGGCCAAAACGUAGAAAAAUAUCUACGUUUUGGCAGAUCCCCGGCUACGUGUGGACAGGGCCUGUGUCUCUCUCCUGCCCUUGAUUAGUCCUUAUUGUUUUCACCUGCCCCUUGUUUACCUGCCCAUGUGUUCCUCGUUUGCCCUGUGUAUUUAUACCUCCCUCCUUGUAUCAGUCUUUGUCAGAUCAUUGUAGUUUUUGUCAUCGUUGUCUUGUUUCGCUCGUUCCCGUUCCACCAUUAAAACCAUUUUACUUUACCUGAAGCCUGCAUCUGUACCUCCUGAUCAGCUCCACCUCACACGGCCCAUCAUCUCCACACCCGCAACGUGACAGUUUCUUUCAGAGGGAAUGGAAGGUGUUCUGGAUGAAAUGAUGUUUUGCAGAUAACUGAGUUAUUUUUUAGAGAAAACAGCAUCAAAUGCAUUCUAUCGUGUUCUACCUCACCCAAAUAGGUCCCCCUUUGCGGAUCUGGACAUCAGGAGGAUGGUUUCGUCCAAGGUGGCACUUCGGCUGGUAGGGUAGACGCAAGUGCCGAUGGUCUGGUCCAGGGAUGUCCUGGGUACACGGCUGUACGAAGCGUUUGGCAGAUGCACGUUGUCGUAUUUAAAUUAACUUCAGAAAUCAAUGACUCUGGGAGAGUCUUGAGUUAGCUGGUUUACGGUUUGUUUGUUCUUUAGCCAUUCUUGUCGGCAUGACAGAACAGCUUGCAGAGGGUCAAGGAGACGGCCGCUCUCCUUUCCUCGUGGUGUUGGUUGAAGAACUGGACGUGAAAUCUGUAAUGGUUAGUUUUUACCAAACUCUCUCAGAACCCCUCCCUCUCUCUCCGGAAGAAAACUUGGUCAUGCGUCAAAAAAACGUGCUGCAGUUAUUGUUUAUCUGAACUCUGUGUUAGCUGACACUGAAGGUCUUCUUUGCUGAACACAUCUUUAAUCAUUAUAGUAAUUAUCAUUAUAAUACCCAAAGUAUAAUAAUCCAUUUCAUGUAAUUAAAAUACCUUUAUAUCUGAACCAAGUGAUCAUGUAUUAAUGAUUAUUUAAACAGUAAUAAAAUCAAAAGUUUAUUAAUUAUUAUUUAAUAUCAUCGUGGCUUGAAGUGUCCUUCUUCUGGGACGGAACAGCAGAUGAUGUUAUGAUCUUGGCUAGGCAUCGUGGCUCCUUGGUCUUUAAUCUGUGGAUUCAAAGUACUGUUUGACCCAGCUUGACCCAGCUGGGCAAAUGUGACCUUUGGCACAAAUCAGAGAACCUUCAUGCCGUUACAGAGGCAACUGAACUUGAAGCAAAAUGUCUUCAAGAAACCAAAGAAGUCCAGUUGCCUUCAUUUGAACCCUUUGGAUGAACCCGCUCAGGCUCAAAAUAAGUUUUGAUAAAAUGACGAACAACUAAGUCCUUCAGGGGUACUUCUGAGUUAAAAAAUGCUCAUGAAAUACGUAUGUGGAGUAAUCAGGUAGGUAGGUUUUAAAGUUGCAAAUCUGCAACGUCUGCCUCCAGAGGGUUAAGAAGACUUCACUUGCAAUCAGACCAGAGUACUUUUCACACACACCACACACAGCAGGAAUAUCUGACAAGAUUAUCUUUAUAGCCAUUACAGUGAUCUGGGGCGUCCACUUAGUCUGAAAGGAUGAAUUGGGUCAUGAUAAUCUUGUGAUGGGCUGGAACUGUUGAGUCUCUCUUAGUCCAUCUAAGUCCUGUGAGUUCAGACAUAAUCAGUAAAAGUUUUCUAUGAGUUGUUAGAUUACUGCUAGCUGCUUGCUGACAUGGCAAACGGUGGUUCAGUUAGCACUGACAUUUAGCAUUCAAUCAAUCAAUCAAUCAAAUUUAUUUAUAAAGCGCUUUUCAAACAAAGUGUGAUUCAAAGUGCUUUACAAAAUGACCCCAGAUUCCCAUAACAGGUUAAAAACAUUAACAGACAUAUGCAAGCACACGCACACACAAAAGUAAAAAUUAUAUUAGGCUGAGUCCAGAUGAGCCAAGUAUGGUAACGCAAGGAAACGCCAUCAGAGGAGCCAUCUGUCCCGGCAGCAUCAGGUCUUCCACACUAAGUCAGGGCGCUCAGUGGAGGGGGAGCAUAGACCCCCACCUAUAGAGCGCCCAGGAAGCUACAGUCGACCACCGCUCCCGGGGCAGAGGGCCCCUACAGAGGAAAUACUGGAUUAAAAUGAGGAAAAAUAUAAUAAAAGAGCUAAUAUAAAUGACAAAAAUUAGAAAAUAAAUAAUAAAUAAAAUGAUAUAGACAGUAAAAUAAUAAUUUAAAUAAUAAAACUGUGCUAAAAUAUAAUCAUAUAGAACAUGCAAAGCAAGUAAUAAAAUAUAAUCAUGUAAAACGAGAAAUAAAACUGUAGUAAAUAUUUAGAUAAAAGCUAACCUAAAAGGAUGGGUCUUGAGCCUGGACUUAAAAACAUGAACAUUCUCUGCGGCCCUGAGGUCCUCUGGCAGCUCGUUCCAGAGGCAAGGGCCAUGACACUGGAAGGACGCCUCACCGUGAGUGUGCGUCCUGACUUUAGGGAUGACCAGGAGACGCCUGCCAGAGGAGCGCAGAGGCUGUGAGGGUUCACAUGGUAAAAACAGUUGUGAGAGAUAAGAUGGCCCAAGACCAUUGAGACACUUAAAAACCAUUAGAAGAACCUUAAAAUGGAUCCUGAAACAUACGGGGAGUCAAUGCAA